GUUGUCCCUCGCCGGCUACCGUGUGACGAGAUUGAGGACGUUUUUCCUGUUUUUCAGCUUCACUCAUUCAUUCCCAGUUUAUUCUCAGGCGAAUUAAAGUGUGCCUUGCUCGAAUGGCGCGUAGAAGAGGAGCUGCUCACGAAACCGCUGGAAAUGUUCAGUCUGAGAGGAAGAAGGUGCAGGUAUCAGAAGAGUAUCAGAAGGUAUCAGAAGAGCCUCUUUCUGCGAAACAGCAGCAGGAGAAGAGGACUGUGGCGUUGAAAUGGAAAAUUCUCCUCCUUGUCAUUUUCUUACCACCUUUCCUUAAUUACGCCUCGCUUCAGAGAGAAGAACAAGAGCUCAGACCAAAAGAUGCAGAGAUGAUAGAUAUAGGUUUGGGCCAGAAGAUCAGCCUCAUCUGCAAAGGCCAAGGGCAACCUGUUGUGAUGCUUGACGCACCGACCGGAAUGUCGUCCGAUAUUUGGCAUCGUGUGCAGGAGAAGGUUUCGCAAAGCACAAAGGUUUGCGCCUAUGACCGAGCUGGCCUGGGUUUUAGCAGGAGAGCUCUGCAGAACGAAACGAUAGGCAUGGAGAAAGUGUGGAGAUUAUCAACCAUAGGCAGGAUGGUGGACGACCUCCACCAGUUGGUCAAGGCUGCUGGGAUAGCCACGCCCUUCAUUUUGGUCGGCUCGGAGCUGGGUGCACUGAACGGCAGGUUUUAUACGCACAUCUACGACUCGGAAGUGUCGGACUUGGUGCUGAUCAAUCCCAUUCCUGAGGACAUCUUUGAAGAUGAGAUGUGGGAGCGGUACUGGUACACUCGCCUGCUGCCCUCAUUACAGAUAAUGCAGCUUGCAGCAGCCACCGGUGUGAGUCGUCUUCUCCUCAUCCUGCGGGUGCUGGAGCCCAGUUUCGGUGGAGACAUCAUGUCAGGAGAAAUGCUCCAGCGUCAGAAAUACCUCUUGAGUAACCCGGCUCAUCAGAGCAGCGCCGUGGACGAGCACUACUUCAUGAACGAGAGCAUGUCUCAAGUCCGAGAGAUUUCCAAAUUCAAGCUGCUAUCCAGCAGAACAUCACUGAGCGCGAUCAUCGGGGACUCAUUCGACGAUCUCGUCCCUGCUCACCUCAACCAAGUUUUUGCUGAUCUGCAGAGGAAGUGUUUAAAGCGAGUUUACCCUCAGGCCAAGCUCAUUCACAUUCAGGGGGCGGACCGUUACAUGAUCUCUAAAAAGGCGUCAUGGGUAAGCAAACAUUUGCUGGAGCUGGUGUCAAAGAGGCAAACCAAACAUGCAAUCAGGCAAUGAGACGCUGCAACUGCCUUUCGAAUGUCGCCGUGUUUCCUGUGCUGCAUCAUCACAUUGGAAAAAAAAAUAAAUAAAUAAAUAAAUGAAUUUGUAUAUAUAUAUAUAUAUAUAUAUAUAUAUAUAUGUAUAUAUAUGUAUAUAUAUGUAUAUAUAUAUAAAAUAUUUUAAAAACAGCCAAAAAAUGUGAUUUUUCUGUUUCACCGUUUAAAUAGUUAAUUCUUACAAAUUUGUGUGCCAAAUGUUUGCUGUAAUUUGUGUUUUUGGAAAAAAAAAUUUAAAAAUAAUUUAAAAAUAAAAUAAAAAAAAGAAAAAAAUAUAUAUAUAUUUUUUAAACAGCCCAAAAAUAUCAUUUGUCUGUUUCACCGUUUUUUUUUUAAUAGUUCAUUCUUAUGAGUUUGUGUGCCAAAUGUUUGCUGUAAUUUGUGUAAAAAAAAAAAAAAACCCAAAAAAACCCCAUUUUAUUUCGUUCCUGAAUACAUGCAUUCGAAGAAAACCAAGACAUCAAGUUUAUCCUGAGGAUUAAGGUUUAAUUAUGACACCACAUCAAAAUAAAAAUUUUCCAACAGCUCUGGAAUUUUAUUCCAUCCAUAUACAUGCAUAGCAACAACAUUUUUAAGAAAUAUUAUUUUUUUUCCAUUAUAAGGACAUUGGAAUGAUCUUUUUUUUUUUUUGUUAUUAUUUUUGUACAGCAUCCCUCCCAAAAAU